GCGUGCUCACAGCCUCACGCACAACUCGUCCGCACGCUUGCGCGCACGCUUGUAACUCCCUGUCGGCUGUCUCCCUCCUCCCUCACGCUCCCGGCGUGACACACAGGGCUGGCUCGCUUGCCGGCCGGCCGGCAUAUAAGAGCGCGCUAGGACGCAAACGAAUCUGCAGUAGCCAGUGCGAGUGGAGUGAGCGGCCCGGACGAGCGGAGGAGGAAGACAGGAUGGCUGCCGGACGAGCGGUUGCGGUGGCUAUGGUGGCGGCGGCGGCGCUGCCGCUGCUCGUGGGUGGCGCGUACGCGGACUGCUACAACUACUGCUUCAACGACUGCAUGAACAAGGACAAGUCCAUGAGAGACUACUGCAGCUACGCCUGCGACAAGACCUGCGCGCCCGACGCGGCGCCCCGGCGCCCCGUCGCCGGACUCCCCAUAAACUGCCAGCUCGCCUGCGUCAGGGACUCCUGCCGCCGUCGCCGUGCAGAUGCCAACGACAUGAAGGCCUGCUACGGGCAGUGCUACGACCGCUGCGAGACCAAGGCCGGCCUGCCGAGGCCUCUCCGCGCAGGCGGCGGCGUUGGCAUUGUCUGGCCGGCGGCGUUGCCGGACCACCCAUUCCACAAGAAGCAGGACGCUGUCUGGCCGGCGGCGUUGCCUGACCACCCAUUCCACAAGAAGCAGGACACUGGCGGGCCUGCGGCGGAAUUGCCGGACCACCCAUUCCACAAGAAGCAGGACGCUGUCUGGCCGGCGGCGUUGCCCGACCAUCCAUUCCACGAGAAGCAGGACGUUGUCUGGCCGGCGGCGUUGCCUGACCACCCAUUCCACAAGAAGCAGGACACUGGCGGGCCUGCGGCGGCAUUGCCGGACCACCCAUUCCACAAGAAGCAGGGCGCUGUCUGGCCGGCGGCGUUGCCCGACCAUCCAUUCCACAAGAAGCAGGACGUUGUCUGGCCUGCGGCGUUGCCUGACCAUCCAUUCCACAAGAAGCAGGACACUGGCGGGCCUGUGGCGGCAUUGCCGGACCACUCAUUCCACAAGACGAAGCAGGGCGCUGUCUGGCCGGCGGCGUUGCCCGACCAUCCAUUCCACGAGAAGCAGGACGCUGUCUGGCCGGCGGCGCUACCGGAUCACCCGUUCCACAAGAAGCAGGACGCUGUCUGGCCGGCGGCGUUGCCUGACCAUCCAUUCCACAAGAAGCAGGACACUGGCGGGCCUGCGGCGGCAUUGCCGGACCACUCAUUCCACAAGACGAAGCAGGGCGCUGUCUGGCCGGCGGCGUUGCCUGACCAUCCAUUCCACAAGAAGCAGGACACUGGUGGGCCUACGGCGGCAUUGCCAGACCACUCAUUCCACAAGACGAAGCAGGGCGCUGUCUGGCCGGCGGCGUUGCCCGACCACCCAUUCCACGAGAAGCACGACGCUGUCUGGCCAGCAGCGUUGCCCGACCACCCGUUCCACAAGAAGGAGGAUGCUGUCGGGCCGGCGGCGUUGCAGGUGGACCACAAGAUGCACGACGCGGUCAAGCGGGCAGGGGAGCCGGAUCCCGGAUACGUCAUGUAUCCGGCAUGGAGCCCCGUCCGCCCCUAAUCGUCGAUUCGUUGUUGGAGAACGACGACGCUCCGCCGGCAACGGCGAAUGCCACAUGCAUACAUGCUCGUGGCUCCCAUGCGAUAUUAAGCACUAGUAGAGGAAGUGUGUGAUGUGUCAACGUGCUACUGCUAUACUGUAUAUGCAUGCCUACUGUAUAUGCAUGCCUAUUCUCACGUUUAUGCAUAUGGGCAUUAGUGUUCCAACAGACACAGGAAUGCCGACUGAAGAGAGCAGAGCUUUGUUCUACAAGUGGCACCAAGGGAGCAAGUGGCGGUAGAUGCUAAGCGUGCCAACGAACUCAUCUCCUCCUGUCCUAGCUAGUUGGCUGCUUCAAUUCAUGUGUCUUCUAA